UUUUGAAUUUCGAAAUGUCAGCAGUCUCAACAAAUUGUAUAAAAUAAUCAUUUUACGUCAAUAACUGUCUGAAAUGUAAAUGGUGCACAUCUUUUUAUAUUAAAUGUUGAAAUUCAAAUAAUAAUCUCCGUAAAAUAUUAAGUUGAAGUGAUUUUAACAUAUCGGAUGUCAAAAUGAUUGAAGAUGAAACCGAUGAAGAAUGUAUUGACGAUCCGAUAAGAUUGUUUGAUUUUGAACAAGAUCGAGUGUUUUGUUGUUCAAAAUCAAAAGGUAUUAUAGAGGAUGCUAGCCAUGAAGAUAAUAUACGGCUUAAUAAAAAUCUUUCAGAUUACGAAGAAACAGUGAAUUCAAAUAAAAGUAAUUCUUCUAUAUUACCCGUUACAUUUUUUGAUAUAGAAAGCAACGUGGAACUUUUAAACAAAUGUCGUCCACUUUUCGUCAAACUCGUUGACUGUAAUAGAUUUCCUUCGUAUCAUAAAUUGAAAAUGAAUGUCAGAGAUUAUUCUAAUUUGAAUUUGAACAAAAGUGAUUUACAGGAAGCAGAUUGUAUAGAAAUUUUAUCUUCAGACGAAAAUGAAAAUGAUUUAAUUUUGAAACAGACAACUUUAGAAGAUAUUAUGCCUACCACUGUUGGUAAUAAAAAGUUUUCUAAACUAGGGUUUGUAAGUAAAAAUGAUACGAUUUCAAAAAGAAAAAUUGUAUACGAUACAAUAAAUAGUUAUCAAAAUAAUAAAGUUAUAGAUCAAGGAAUAAUAGAUUUUAAAGAGUCUCAGAAAAAUAUUAUAACCAAUGCAAAAUCUGAUAACAAAACAAAAUUGAUUAUCGAUAAUCAACAUAGCUAUACAGGCAUCCGUGAUGAACGAAUGAACACUUACGCAAGAAUUAUCAAUAAAGCGUAUAAAAAAUUGACUUCCAGAGACAUUGAAAAACCAUUUAAAGAAAUUAAAACGAGAAAUACAUCUAAUAAGAGCGGUAAACCGGAUUUCUUAGUUGAUAAUACAAAAAUAAACUGCAUUGAUAUGGAUGAUUUUGCCAAAAAUAAAUUUAAUGGAAAAAAUUGCAAUAAUAAAGAAGAAUUGCUAAAAAGAGUUUCAAACGUAAUACACUCGAUAUCAGAAGAAAAUAAAGGUAAUAAUGUUUUUAAUAAAGAAAUGCAAACAUUAGAAAGUACGAUUGGAAAUAACAAUGGCUCAAGUUCACCUUUAUUACCUUGUCCAUCAAAGAUAAAAAGAAGCGACCAAAUUAAUGGGAUACAUAUAACACAAAAUACGGUACUUCCAUCUUAUGCCAAACAUAAAAUAAACAAAAAUGUUUGUGAGGAUCAGUUAUUUAGCGCUAACAGAGUGAUUCCUCAUUUUCAUUACGAAUCAGUGUAUGCAACACAAAAAAGUACGUCCUUUAAUUUAAAUCAAAAUGCUUCCAAAAAUGCAACCCUGAAAACUGGAUGUGUCCAAACAAAUAUUGAACGCGUAUCUUGUGAAGUAAAUGAUAAGAACAAAGGUUUAUCAAAACAGUGUAAUAAAAAUAAACGUACCAACUUAGUUGAGCCUAAUGUAACACAAAUUAACAAUAUAACACAUAAUAAUCAUUCUAUAUGUAAAGCUAAUCAUUCACUCAAUCAUGUGACGCAUUUAUGUAAAAAUCAAUGUUGUUCUCAAGCGAACUUAAGUCAAAAACAAACUGCAUGUAACCACAUAAGGGAAAAGUCGAGAAAUUUAGGAGUGAAUACGAAAAAUAAUUCAAUAUCGUCUCUAGAUGCAACAAAAGGAAAUAGUAAUCCAAUACCUGUAGGUAACAGUAUUCCUAUUUCAUUAGAUCGCCAACCAAAUAAAGUGCACUAUAAUAAUUAUAUUACGCCAACAUAUCCAAUUCAAAGAGUUGAAUCCAAUCAAUGCAAUUCUCACUCUAACGAUUUAACUUUUCAAGCGAGUAAUGUAUUGCUUGCAAAUGAUCAGCCCUCUCGAAAUAUCUAUCAAAGCAAUAUUUAUCUUAAUAAUACGUAUAGUUUGGAACAUUCCUUAAGUAAUAUGUCAAAUGGUACGAAAACUGUGACUGGUUAUGAAGACAAUUUAUCACCUUCAUUUUAUUCGAUUCCGUUACAAUUAACUCCUAUUAAUCUAUUACCUGAGUAUCGCAACGAUCACAGUAGAAUCUCAAGAACACAAUUCCAACAUCAUUACAUUAAUUAUACCGAAAAUGUUGACAGUCACAUAAACUCAAAGAAUAGAAAAAGUAAUUCAAACGUCAACAGAAAUACAGCAAUAGCUAGUGUAAUUCCUGAUGUGAAUCAAAACAUUAGUAAUGCUGUUGAAAAUACUAAGCAUUCGGUUGCGAGUGAAGUGGUUAAUAAACAUCCAUAUUUAAAACAGUGCUUAGAACGUCCGUCUUUGCUAAAAAAUAAACCUACCAACAUAAAUAGGGAGAAGCGAAAAUGUGUAAAUAAUACAGAAAGUUCAAAUUUAGAUAAAACAUUAAAUAAGGGUUACUCCCCACCAAUUUUGCCGAUACCAACUUAUCAGAAAACCUUUGAAAUAUUGGCUAAAAUUAAUCUUUACGAUUUUGACAGAGGUUUCAGUCAACCUGAUUUAUCUGAUAAUUGUAUCCCAUCGUCUCGAAAUUUUUAUGUUUUAGAAAAAACUGCGUGCAAAAGAAAAAUAAACGAUGUAGAAAAUGUAUCAGGAAACAUUACACUAGAUGAGUAUAAAAAACGCAUAACUGGGGAUAGUAUACGAAAGUAACAGAUUAUCGUGUUGUAUUAAUAUUUGACACAUGACAGCAGAGUACAAAACGUUCUAAUAGCGUAGAUAAACUUUACAUAAAAAGGAAAAAAAAUACAUCGUAAUAUAAACAAUUCCAUAUUGAUUCAAUUUAAAAAUGGAAAUAAUUUUACGCAUGUUAGAAAAUAUUUUAAGUGUACACGGCUUAAAUAAUUUUGACCUAAACUUACUUAAUCUGAUUUAAAUAAUAAGUAAGAGAAUUAGGUUACUAAGUUGAAAAUUGUUUUUGUUCAGUUUUGUAUUAGUUCUUGGAGAUUUAAGACCGAUAACA